AUGUAUAAUCAAAUAUUUGAAAAAUCAUUUGAAGAUUUAAAUACAUUUCUUAUUGAUACAAUUGUUAUAUUAUUAUCAUGGAAUUCAAUAGUAAUAUCAAAUGAAGUUGAUGCUAUAUCUGUUCAACGUCUUUUAGAAGAUUUAUUUCUUAAUUAUAUACAUAAAAAUUCUUUUGUUAUAAAAUCAAAUUUAGAUUUAAUUAAAAAAUUAAUUAAAUCAUGA